AGGAAGUGUUAGUCAGGUGACGUCACAUUAAAAUUAAGAAUGGCAGAUUUCGAUGCUUUUGAAAGUUCAGCUCCAGAAGACUUAGAGGACCCAGCAGCAGGAUUCCUCGCUGAUCAGGACAAGGAAUUAGCAGAAUUAGAAGAUGACAAUUUUGGUGAAGACAGUACAGCACAACCAGUUCAACAACAACAAGAUGAUUUAGGAAUGUUUAAUGGUCCAACUGAUCAUGCUGAUACUCAACAAACAAACUAUGAUUCUUACGAAAACUUUGAGGAAGCACCACAGACUAACGGACCAUCUGAUGCAUUUUCCGCCAUAACACAGCAAGAUCAAAUAAGGGCUGAACCUGAAAAAAUCAGAAUAUGGCGAGAGGAACAACAAGAAAGACUGGAGCAGAAAGACAAAGAAGAGGAAGAAAGAAAAAUAGACAUGAGAGAAAGUGCAAAGAAAGAAUUGGAUGAUUGGUACAAGCAUCAUGCUGAACAGUUAGAGAAAACUAAAGAAAAUAACCGCCGGGACAACAUGGCUUCAGAAGCAGCCUUCGUGAAAGAACGUGAUGAGACCCAGCCAGGUGGUGAAUGGGAGAAGAUUUGUCGUUUGUGUGAAUUUAAUCCCAAAAAUUCUAAAAAUAUGAAGGACGUUUCACGUUUUCGAUCAAUCCUCCUCCAGUUGAAACAGACACCACUUGUAAGAUAGAUAAAGGAUACAGAUAUUUAUUGACAUUCCAGGAGAAAAUUGUAAAAUACAGUAAAUAAAGUUUCGACAUUAAUCAUGUUAAAAGAUAACCAACAUCUUGAAACUAAAUAAAUGUGAACAAGAAAACACGUGUGAAAUACAUGUAGUAAUUAGGAAUUGAAUUAAGAUUAAGAAUAGGACAUCUUUUUCUAAGAGCAUCCUUAAAUGUUGUGCUUUUCAUUUCAUGCAUUUUUAUCUCCCUUAGUUAACAUAGUCAAAAGUUAAACCAGCCAUUAUAUAAGUAGGAACUUUUUAUUGAAUUUAAAAGUUAAAAAUGUGUUAUGAAAUAAAUUAAAUUAAAUAAAAAAAAACCAAUUACCCCAUAUUUACCUCCCUUUAUUCAAAUUAAAUCCAGAAUAGAUAUUUUUUUCUUUUAAAUAAAGUUCAGAUUGUAAUAACUAAAAGUAUUCAUUGUAUUACUCAUGUGUAUUAUUCAUGUGUAUUAUUCAUGUGCAUUGAUUCAUCAGACUUGGAAAGUAUGGCAGUGAUAUAAUCAUAAAUUUUAAUUCAGAUUUUUUUUCUGCAGAAAAAAAUAGUACAUGCACUGAAAGUAUGUUGUAAAACUGUAUUAAAUCACAGACAUAUUUAUGAAUGAUUAAAAUAUUGUAAAGCUGUUA